UUGGUUGUGGCGAGGGCGGCGGGCGCGGGGCCGCCAUGGAGGGCGGCGGGAACUCCAAGGGCACCGGGCUCGGCGGCCUCUUCGGCGCCGGCGGGCUCGGCUACUCGCACGCUGACCUGGCCGGGGUGCCGCUAACUGGGAUGAGCCCUUUGUCACCGUAUUUAAACUUGGACCCCAAGUACCUAGUGCAGGAUACAGAUGAGUUUAUCUUGCCCACAGGAGCCAACAAAACUCGAGGCAGAUUUGAGCUGGCCUUUUUUACCAUUGGAGGAUGUUGUAUGACAGGGGCAGCAUUUGGUGCACUGAAUGGUUUGAGACUUGGCUUGAAGGAGACACAGAAUAUGGCAUGGUCAAAACCUAGAAAUGUACAAAUUCUAAAUAUGGUGACAAGGCAAGGAGCAUUAUGGGCUAACACUCUGGGAUCACUGGCUCUACUUUACAGUGCAUUUGGAGUCAUCAUUGAAAAGACACGAGGUGCAGAAGAUGACCUGAACACCAUAGCUGCUGGAACCUUGACAGGAAUGCUGUACAAAAGCACUGGCGGAGUGCGCGGGAUUGCGCGAGGUGGGAUCGCAGGCCUGACGCUGACCGGCCUCUACGCCCUGUACAACAACUGGGAGCACAUGAAGGGCUCCCUAGCCCGGCAGUCCCUGUGAGCAGGGCACAGGACACGCUUGCUUAGUCACCAAUCAAAUCAGUUGUGAGAUCUAUCUGGUGCCCCUUGCUAUUUUAUUUACAAUUAGUGUGAAACUGAUGGAAGCUGUGCUGGGAGGAACCUCUUGACACCGUGUAGCUGGACUGGCCCUUCCUGCCAGCCAGUUGCUGGAGAGGCAGCAAUAUUUGUUGGACCUGCAAGUGACCAGAGUGGCCACCGAGACAGUGUCUCCUGGCCAGAGCUGCCAGGCAUGCUGGGCCCCCAUAGCUGAUCCUGCUCACUGCCAGGUUGGCUGGGUCCUGUAAGGGCUGUGUCCAUGGAGCAGUCCCUGCAGUCCCAGCAGCACAGCCCCAGUAGCCAUGGCACAGGCAGGGCUUGCUAUUCUGACAGCACAAGACAAGCUAGCAAAAGGGACAUCAUCAGAAUAAAAAGGGUGGUACUUACUCAAA